UAAUUUUGAAAUUUAUUAAGUACUGCAAUUUCUAAAAUAUACCAUGAAAACCGUAAAAGUUCAUUGGUUCAUCUGUUGAAGAAUGUUCUAAAACGUCAAUAACAAUUUUCUAACAUAAAUUUGCGUUUUUAAAUUAUAUCAGAUAAUAUGAACUUUUCUGUUCGCUGAACAAAUGCCGCUCGUUUUGAAUUUUUCAUACAGGCUUCAUGGAAUUGUAAAAUGUAAAAUGUAAAAGACGAUCGUAGCUCGCAAUUUAUAAUAAACUUCGGAAUCGGGGGGAAAAAAAGUGAUUCAAAUUUAAUACUACGAAAAAAUCAAUAAAAACAGUAUAUAACGUCGGGCAACUGUAUGUCGGUGGCUUGGAUAGUAAGCCAACCACCAGGUUCACGAUCAGAUGGAAAUAUUGAUCCUGGAUAAGGGCAUCUGUGUUCCGUCUGUUGGCAAACACGUUUUAUCGCAUCAUAUCCGAACUCUGACUUAAAAGUGAUAUUUGAUAUGUAAUUUGCUUUUUGUUAGAGAAUAUCGUCUGUAAACACGACGCGAUGGUGGUUUAUUACAAGUGAUCAUCGUGAACUGGAUAACUCGUACUUUCAAGUGGUGCAUCAUAGUUCCUACCUCGCAUAGUUCGAUCACGCGUACGCACAACUGACAGUGACGUGUAAACAAUAUUUUCUUUAAAUUCGUGCGUUCACCUAAAUGGAGCAUGGCUUUGUAAUUCUUUCUCAAGGAUGUUAAACGCAAUGGAAUCCCAUUUGUUCCGGAUCUCCAUCAAAAUUUGACGAAAGCUCAACAAUAUGUUACCCUCGUAACGAAAAGGGUGACUUCGUGCAGGUAGAGACCAGGAAGUUGCCAAUUGAUGUGCAUGAUUUCUCUGUACGUAUAAGCUGUGGUAGUUAUUAUUAGCUCCGUAUUAUAUGCAUCGAGGCUAAUUGGCGCGAUAACGUUCGCGUUCCCAAACAGACGAACGCGAUAGCGGGAAACAUAUCGUAGAAGAAAAAAAUCAGUUCGCCGUAGACACAUUUUCAUGCAGAUCUAUUUGCGCGCUUCUGCGCGACGAAGUUCGACCUCCGAGACUAUCUGUCUCGUGCGGAAGCAUCGAAGUAUUUUCGGUAAAAAAAAGCAAAACUAACGGAGAGCCUGGGGCACGAAAUUAAAAUCAAAUCCGCUCGGAUCUGUUAAUAAGAAGUUCGGUCGUACACGAUGCCUUCUAUUUGUUGUUACGAUCGUCAUACGGAUUCUUCUCUUGCGGUCCCGUGACGAUUGAAGGCUGCGUGACAAUUGGUUGGCCUCUUCUAGCGAAAAUCCGCAACGAUGCUUUUGAAAAAUUAACUAGAUGACCUGGAUACAUCGAUACGCUUCGAACCGAAGAUGCCUCUGCCAAAUAUCCUGAGGAAGGCAAGCAGCUAUAUUUUAGGGGACUGCAGCCAGGACAAUCGUCGCGCCGUGUACCAGGACGGGGAGGCGUUGUUUUGCAAAAAUAAUGUCUGCGUUCAUCCGCCGACGUUGAUGAGACAGAACUCCGACGUGGUGCAUCAUCCUGGAUACAUGGCGAUCACCUGCAGGUUCAAUAAGAAUUCGAACGUGCCGACGCUGCAUCUUAGCUGGAUACCGAACAGCACGCUUCGCAAGCAUCCUGCAACGCUGGAGAAUGUGAACGCGAAGAAGCCCGAUUGUGCCGCGCAUCGAGACGCCGAGACCACCGUUAGUCACCCCUCGCAGAUAUCCGAGGAGAGCUGCAAUUUGAAGUGCGACUAUGAGAACACCAGCGGCAAGGUUGACGUUUGUUUGGAGGUGAAGGAACCGGUUAGCUGCGGAGACUGCGAACGCGUUUGUUCCGGCGGGUUCCCGCGGGGUGCUGGAUCCGGUCUCGACGAGCCCAAAGAAAAGAACGAGGACGACGAACGGAAUUAUUUAUGCGACGACAAAGCUAUAGCCUCGUUGGAAACCAAGGAAACGUCGAACGAUUCCGACGAUCCCAUCGAGAAGAAUCAUCAUCGGUCCGACGCUUCGCCGACUGUGAUACACGAAGAAAGCAACUGCGGCGACGAUUUGAACCGAUCAAGUUCCGAGUUUGUUAGCGAGAAACAUGACGAAAGUCAGAAUUAUAACGAUGAAAAAGAUAUCAAAAUACAAGAGUGCGAUGGGAGAAGCAUGGACGAGGAACUUAGAUAUCCCUAUUAUGAUGAUGGUAGCCUCAAGAGUCGUAGCAUGUCGCUGUCUUCUACGUGCAGCUUAUCCGUUGGUGAGGAGAUUCCAACAUGGAUGAGGUCGCCAGAACUGUUGGCUUUGCAGCAUAAUCUUACGUUUCCUGAAAGCGCUACAGCUUCUCCUAUUACAUUACGUAGGGCGCACAGAUGUAGACGGUUCUCCGUUGAUCUCAGCGAAAUGAGGUCCUUGAGGUUGUUCUUUGCAGAUCCAGCAUGUACCUCUGGUCAAUUAGUAGUUGCAAGUAGAGAGAGUCAAUAUAAGAUUCUGCAUUUCCACCAUGGUGGCUUAGAUAGAUUAGCAGCAAUUUUACACCAGUGGCAUCAAUUACUUUAUCCGAGACUAAACGAGGAUACCGAAGAAGGCCUCCCAUAUAGGCAUUUUAUGGUAUGUCGACCCGAGGUAAGUCGUGAUGAAUUACACCCGGAAGAGGGACAGGUACCAAUGAUUACCUCAUUAGCGUGGAAAGAUUUAUUAAACGAGAAGGGUCAAGUGGAAGAUGAUCUAGCACUUCGUAAAGGAAUAUUUUUUGGAGGGUUGGAACCAGCGUUAAGAAAAAUUGUAUGGCCAUUUCUUCUUCACUGUUAUUCAUAUCAAAGCACUUACGAAGAAAGGGAACAAAUAGAUGCCAUUUUGAAACAAAAAUAUGAAGAAAUUCAAAAGCAUAGAACGAACAUGAGUCCGAAGCAAGCAGAACAUUUCUUGCGAAACGUGGUGUGUAUCGUGGAGAAGGAUGUUGUUCGAACCGAUAGAGGAAAUCCAUAUUAUGCGGGAGAAGAUAAUCCAAAUAUUGAAGUAAUGAAGAACAUUUUAUUAAAUUAUGCAGUUUACAAUUCUCGAUUAGGUUAUACACAAGGGAUGUCUGAUCUGUUGGCACCAUUAUUGGCUGAACUGAAUUCUGAAAUAGAAGCUUUUUGGUGUUUUGCUGGUUUAAUGGAAAGAUCUGUAACUGUGUGCACGCCUACUGACGUUGACAUAGACAGAAACUUGUGUUAUUUAAGGGAAUUAGUUAGAAUAAUGGUACCAGAUUUUUAUGCUCACCUUCAAAAACAUACAGAUGCCUUAGAACUUCUGUUUUGUCACCGAUGGAUACUCCUAUGUCUGAAACGAGAGUUUCUUACUGAAGUAGCACUAGUAAUGUGGGAAGCCUGUUGGGUGAAUUAUUUAACGGAUCACUUUCAUCUGUUCCUUUGCCUCGCUGUAAUAUGUGUUUACGCAGAUGACGUAAUAGCACAAGAUCUUAGAACGGAUGAAAUGUUGUUGUAUUUUAGUUCUUUAGCCAUGUACAUGGAUGGAAAUCUCAUAUUGAGAAAGGCUAGAGGCCUACUGCAUCAUUUUCGUCAGCUUGUUCGUCUACCUUGUACAUUAGUAGGACUUUGUCGCCCGUACGGUCCAGGAAUGUGGGAUUGUACCCACGAUCCUGUCAUAGAAUGUGUAGGUCAUGAAAUUGCAUCAUGCCCGCACUUGUUAUUGCAAUCAGUUUACGGCCGUACGUUCAAAUGCUGUUCUUAUGUGAAAUAAAUAUGUUAUAAAAAUUUCGGUUGACUAACGUGAUGUGAAUAAGAACGCAAGUUAAUGAAAGUAAUAUUUGACUCUCUUGUACUAUUUGUAAGAAAUUCUUAAUCGAUUUAACACAACCAGAAAAUUAUUAUUAUACAUUUGUAUUGUCAUGUUCUUAUUUGCAUAUCUCUUCUAAGUUCACAAAUGCUGAUUUAAAUAAGGAUUAAAGAGAUAUCUAAUAUACAACGUUUUACAACAUCUAUAACAGCUCCUACAAAAAAAAAAAAGGUAUUCUGUACUAAACAAUUAGAUAGAACUCGGAUGAUCAUGACGAGUUCUGAUCAAAAACCUGUAGUACAAUUAAAGACUGAUGACCAAAAGAGAAUGGAGUAGUACAAGCAGCCUAGCUUUAAUAUCUCCAAACAAAAUAGAAAGCUUUUCAUCCUAUGAACAUAUUUAUUAAAUACAGUUAAUGAUGUACCAUUUAGCAGCUUGGUACAGAUUUUAAUGAGCCUUGAUCUGAAAAGAAAAAAAAACAAAAUUUAAUCUUACAUCAGCAAACUAAAUCAAAUAUCACUCGACAUAAGUACUGUAAAGAUAUUUAUUACAUGUCCAAUUAAAUUUCUUGGUCAAUUAACGA